AUGGCACGCGUUGCCGAAUUACAGGACUAUUUAUUCAAAUUUUUGAUCAUUGGCAAUGCUUCGACUGGCAAGACUUGUAUCUUACAUCAAUUUCUUGAUAAUGAAUUUAAACAUGAAGGUACACAUACAAUUGGUGCAGCGUUUGGAUCGAAAGUAGUUACUGUCUCAAAUAAAACUGUCAAAUUACAAAUCUGGGAUACUGCCGGUCAAGAACGAUUCCGAUCAGUUACACGUAGUUAUUAUCGAGGUGCAUCUGGUGCUUUACUUGUCUACGAUAUUUCUAAUCGAGAAAGUUACAAUGAUGCUAUUAACUGGCUAACAGAAGUUCGUGCGGCAGCCAGUCCGAAUAUUGUCAUUAUCUUAUGUGGUAACAAAAACGAUUUAGAAGAUGAUCGACGUCAGGUGACAUUCCUCGAAGGAAGCCGAUUUGCACAAGAACAUGAUCUAAUGUUUCUUGAAACAUCCGCAUUGACAAACGAAAAUAUCACUGAGAGUUUUGAACAAUGUGCACGAAUUAUUAUAUCAAAAAUCAAUUCAGGUAACAUUGAUCCAUCUCGUAUGUAUUCGGGCAUUCAAUGCAAUGCUACAACUAUUACUGCUCCUCACAAUGAGAAUUCUUCGAAUAACCUGAAACAAAAGAGCGCAUUCAAUUGCGCUGGAUGUCAAACAUAA